AUGAACAUGCUGCUGUCCCGCAAGCGCAGCCGCGAGAUGGAGCCGCCGCUGCCGUCGCUGCCCGUGCUGCGCCGCCCGAGCGGCUGGCUGCGCGCCGACGCCGGCGCCGUCGAGCCGCUGCCCAAGAUCGAGGUGCCCAUCCGGCCGCUGUCGCGCGCGCGCCUGAGCUCGCAGGAGCUGUUCCUGAGCGUGGUCAUGGAGUGGCAGAAGGCCGAGCCGCUGAGCCUGCUGGACGCCGCCGCGCACACGGACACGGCCUCGGACGGCUACACGACGCCCAGCUCGGAGGACUCGGACGUGGAGGCAUCGCCCCUCAAGAAGGGCAAGCGCGCCGACGAGGUGAGCCCCACGAGCGUGCACAACCGCGACCUGACGCCGCUGCGGCUCGACUACAUCUCGGAGCCCGUCAAGAUGAUCGGCGCCUACACGCCCGCGGCGCGCCGCGUGCUGCUGCAGAAGUACAUGGCCAAGCGCGCGCGCAGGCUGUCGCAGCACAAGGUGCGCUACGGCGUGCGCAAGACGCUGGCCAACGCCCGCCCGCGCGUCAAAGGCCGCUUCGUCAAGACCGUGCAGCCGCUCACCGCCGCCGCCGUCGAGGCCCAGCAGCAGCAGCGGCAACAAGCCCAGUGA